AUGACAGCAUUGGCAAUAGAGAGGUAUAUAGCAAUUUGGCAUCCUUUGCUCUUGAAAUCUGCGCCAGCAUGGAAACGAGUCAUGAAAGUUAUAUGUUCCAUAUGGAUCAUUGCGAUAUGUGAGACCGCACCAGAAAUUCUGACAGUUGAGUUAAUUAAGACUCCGAGUAUCACAGUUUGUUAUACAGUGCCAAGUCCAUUGGCCAGAAUAAUUAAUGGGAUAUUAGCGCUAGUGACUUUCAUAAUUCCUCUUGGAAUAAUGUUGUUCGUGUAUACAAUGAUCGCUUUCAAAGUGAGCAUCAGCGAAAAGUCAAACUCUGAAAAGAAAAUAUUUAACCAUAAAGAUAACAGAAGAAAAGUUAACAAGCUUGUUGUAGCGGUCACAUUAUCCUUCUUAAUAUGCUGGUUGCCAUUUUUUACAUUCCGUCUGCUAUUUUUUUUCUUUGACAUGCGGGGGCUUAUGCAAUUAGAAAAGAUUUGGGGCAUUGGCUACAGAAUAAUUCUGGUAAACAGUUGGUUGUGUAUAGUACUAAAUCCUAUACUUUUCAGUCUCAUGUCGACCAAAUUUAGACAAGCUCUUAAGAUACUAUGGAUUACAAAAAUUAAGAAGAAAGAAAAUCCACAAAUAAGUGUA